CAUAGUCUGAAAAUAUUGGACCGCAAAUACUAUUUUGUUGGAUGACAUAAACUAUUCUAUUAUCAUUGGAGUGAAGGAUUGACCUAAUCAUAUUGGAUGGACACAGUUUUUACCUGCUGGAUGUGUACGGGAGGUUAAUUUAUAACUACCCACAGUUUACUGAAAUACAACUUUUUUCAAAACAGAUACAAUUUUAUUUUGCAGCAUCAUGAAAUCAAAUCGUAGCAUCCAGAGGAUUGGCUUACAGAUUUGUCUGGUUGGUGUUGUAAUAAUCUUAGUCAACUAUCACCUUUCCUACUACAGUCAAGCGGGGAAACGAAACUGUGAAUGUAACGAGAAAGAAACGAGACGGAAGGUAUCAAUGCCGAAGUCGUCUUUGACUUCUAUUCCUGGACUUAAUUCCGUAUCAGAGCUGACGAUGAAACUAGGCCUACAUGCUAAUUUGACGUGGUGGAGCUCCACAUCUCCAUUAUAUGGUCACCAUCGACAAAGGAAAAGUUUAUUGACAUUAGGAAUACCCUCGGUGAGGCGCCCGAACGACCGACACUACAUUAUGGGCACCAUUAAAUCUAUAAUAGACAAUACAGACGACGACGAGAGGUCCCGAAUUACUGUCGUCAUAUUUGUGGCUGAUUUCAAUGAAACAUGGAACCUAGAAAUGGCUGCAAAACUUUAUUCAAAUUUUAAAGAUUAUUUUGAGGAUGGUAUGCUACAAGUUGUUAAAGCUCCCAUGGCUAUCUAUCCGGAUUUCAAAAUCAGUCACGUCAAGGGAGCUCUACGUGACUCCGCAGAGCGAACACUAUGGAGGUCUAAACAAAAUCUGGAUUUUGCUUUUGUGAUGCUUUAUUCUAAAAACAUAUCAGAGUACUACAUCCAGCUGGAGGACGAUGUCGUUUGUGCCCAGCAUUUUGUGGACGAUAUAGAAACAUUUGUGAACAAGACAAAACGUUUCUGGAUUUGUUUAGAAUUUACAGAGUUAGGCUUUAUAGGAAAACUGUUUCGCUCUAUCCACCUUGAACGAUUAGCACACACAUUAUUAGCGUAUUACGACUCCAAACCUUGUGAUCUCCUUUUAGGUCAUGUCUUCCGGAUACUGGGACAGAAUGCACCGAUUCAUUCAUCGCCAUCUUUAUUUCAACACAUGGGGAAAUGGUCAUCAUUAGAACAUAAAAUGAUGCCAUCCGUUGAUAAAAAAUUUAAAGGUUUUGGUGAAGCAGAUUUACCUAUCAUUGAGGUGCCAAAGGGAGAUAACCCUAAGGCGUCUAUUCUUACAAAUAUGAAUUGGGCUGAAGGGUAUGGACCAGGACAUGCCUAUAACCAUUCGUCCUCAUUUUUCUGGGCUACAGACCCUCGUAAGAGAAGCUUUUUUGAAAUUGUAUAUAGAUGGCCUAUGACUGUAAGGAAAAUAAUCGUUUCAACAGGAGACGCAAAAAAUAGAAAAGACUCGCUUGUUGCAGGAAAUGUGAGAGUUAGUGAUUCUGAACCAUGCCAUACGAAGGGUCACCUGUUAGGGAACUUCGUAGCAGGGGAGUUCGACUCUGAAAUUCUUGGAAGUAAAAUUCCGUCAGGUAUUAAAUGUAUAGCUGUAGUUUUGGUCAGCAGUCAAACUGGAUGGUUAAUCAUACGUGAUAUAGCUGUUUUUGUUACGUGACACAAACGGUAAUAAUGUAUACAUUUUUAAUUGUCAGUGUCGACAUUCAUUGUUAACGUUAACGUCAUUUGAUGACAACGGAACAAUAAAAAAAAAAACAGUGUACAAAGCUUUAUUUGUACAAUCAAAUCAAAUCAUGUAUCUAACGUUCUCUUGAAAUCCAAUAUAGAAACUCUUGAAAUUUAUUGAAUUAUGGGCCUUUUCACCUCCCCAUCCAGAUUUUGUCAUUUAUUUUUACCUAACUGGUGUUUUUGGUCGCCGCCUACGAUCAAUACUUCAGGCUCUUAUGAGGUCCAAACAGCUGUAUCGUACAGUUUUAUUCAUUUUGGUUCUUCUGUAUCUAACUUUAAACUGUCUUUAUUGUCUUGUUUAGCACAUCCUCUAAAAUGUCUUCAUUUUUUGAAGAUGUAAAAUCAUAUCUGGUGCUAUUGUUUCAUUACAAAUAAACAAAGAAAAACCAUCUUUAGGUUAGCAUCAUU